AUGGCCACAAAUAUAUGCAUAAAGAACAUAUUUUCCUGUAUCUUGGAUGCGUUUCAAACCUUGGCUAACUCAAGCCUUGAUUCCACCCGUCUCUUGUUAAAGUUACCAGGGCCCCUUGUUGCUCGUGGACCAGUAAUCAGCCACAGCGCAGCAUGGAGUGACGAGGUAUUGCUGUUGAAUCUAAAAGAUACUACAGAUGCAUUAGACCGCGGCCUGUUGGAGUUUAUUGUCAAAGCCCUCAAGUCCGCCGUUGGAGAUUCACUUGCCCGGGCGGUGGAGUAG